GGUGGUUGUAAAGACGAAACUUGCAGAGGAAAUCGCCAAACCCUGCGCCGCCGUUACUUUUGGCUCUGCCGAGGAAGCAAGGCCGUUUCUCUUCUUCGCCCUUCGUCAACGUCCUGUUUCCAAAGAGAUAGAGAUAAGCUUUAUAAGAAGAGAAAACUCAUCGGAGAUAAGUGUUUCUGCUUCUGGAGAAAUUGCCUGAGCUCGGAUUAAGCUUUACAAGGUAGGCAUUCUUUGUAUAAAACGGAAGAGAUGGAUGAGUCUGAUGCUAGGAACAUUAGGAACAUUUGCAUCUUAGCACACGUAGACCACGGUAAAACAACUCUCGCUGACCACCUCAUUGCUUCCUCCGGUGACGGUGAGCUGCUUAAACCGAGGCUUGCUGGUAAGGUUAGGUACAUGGACUAUCUCGAUGAAGAGCAGAGGCGCGCUAUCACCAUGAAAAGCUCCUCGAUUUCUCUUCGGUACAAGGACUAUUCUCUCAACUUGAUUGACUCCCCUGGACACAUGGACUUCUGUAGUGAAGUCUCUACAGCUGCUCGACUUAGUGAUGGUGCUUUGGUUCUGGUUGAUGCUGUUGAAGGUGUUCAUAUUCAGACCCAUGCUGUGUUGCGACAAGCUUGGAUUGAGAAGCUGACUCCUUGCUUGGUGCUUAACAAGAUUGAUAGGCUGAUUUGUGAGUUGAGGUUGAGUCCCAUGGAAGCAUAUACUCGUUUGAUUAGAAUUGUUCAUGAGGUUAAUGGGAUUGUGAGUGCGUAUAAGUCUGAGAAGUAUUUGUCUGAUGUUGACUCUAUACUUGCGAGUCCUUCAGGUGAGAUUACUGAUGAGAGUCUUGAGUUGUUGGAGGAUGAUGAAGAGGUUACGUUUCAGCCUCAGAAGGGUAAUGUGGUCUUUGUGUGUGCUUUGGAUGGAUGGGGCUUUGGGGUCUCUGAGUUUGCUAAUUUCUAUGCUUCCAAGCUUGGAGCUAAAGCGGAUACGUUGCAGAAAUCAUUAUGGGGUCCUCGUUAUUAUAUUCCUAAGACAAAGAUGAUUGUAGGGAAGAAGUCUUUAAGUGCGGGAAGCAAGACAAAACCAAUGUUUGUGCAGUUCGUGCUUGAUCCUUUGUGGCAGGUUUACGAGGCUGCACUAGAUCCCGGCGGUGAUAGAGCUGUUCUCGAGAAAGUUAUCAAAUCUUUUAACUUGAUUAUUCCACAACGCGAGCUUCAGAACAAGGAUCCUAAAAACUUGCUUCAAUCAGUGAUGAGCCGUUGGCUUCCUUUGUCUGAUGCAGUCUUGUCUAUGGCUGUGAAACAUCUGCCAGACCCCAUUUCAGCACAGGCAUAUAGAAUCCCACGCUUGGUUCCAGAAAGAAAAGUUAUAGGUGGUAACGAGGUUGAUUCAAGUGUCCUUGCAGAAGCAGAGCUUGUUAGAAGAUCAAUUGAGGCUUGUGACUCUAGCCGUGACUCCCCCUGUGUUGUGUUUGUAUCUAAAAUGUUCGCUAUUCCCAUGAAAAUGAUACCUCAGGGAGGAGACCACAGGGAGAGGAUGAACGGUUUAAAUGAUGACGACAGUAAAAGCGAGUCGGAUGAGUGUUUCCUUGCAUUUGCCAGGAUCUUUAGCGGUGUUCUUCGCGCCGGACAAAGGGUCUUUGUGAUUUCCGCUCUAUAUGAUCCUCUCAAAGGCGAAUCGUCUCAGAAGUACAUUCAAGAAGCAGAACUCCACUCAAUCUAUCUUAUGAUGGGACAAGGUUUAAAACCAGUAAACGAGGUGAAAGCUGGGAAUGUAGUGGCCAUAAGAGGGCUUGGACCAUAUAUAUCAAAAAGCGCCACACUUUCAUCUACUAGAAACUGCUGGCCCUUAGCCAGCAUGGAGUUUCAGGUCUCUCCCACUCUUAGAGUGGCGAUUGAGCCAUCGGAUCCUUCAGAUAUGAGUGCUCUGAUGAAAGGUCUAAGACUUUUGAACCGAGCAGAUCCUUUUGUGGAGAUCACGGUGUCUGCUCGAGGAGAACAUGUGCUUGCUGCUGCUGGAGAAGUUCAUCUAGAAAGAUGUAUCAAGGAUUUGACAGACAGAUUUGCAAGAGUGAACAUUGAAGUCUCUUCGCCUCUCGUUUCCUACAGGGAGACAAUUGAAGGUGAUGGCUCUAAUCUUUUGGAAAGUUUGAGAUCUCUGAGCUUGAAUGCGUCGGAUUACGUUGAGAAGAGAACUCCAAACGGCAGAUGCGUUAUCAGAGUACACGUCAUGAAACUACCACACUCCCUAACCAAGCUGCUUGAUGAGAGCACUGACUUGCUUGGUGACAUUAUUGGAGGCAAAGGCAGUCAUAGCAUUAAGAUACUAGAAUCUCAAAGCCCUAGCCUCGAAGAGAAUGUGGAUCCCGUUGAAGCAUUAAAGAACCAGUUAGUUGAAGCUGGCGUUUCAUCAAGCUCUGAAACCGAGAAUGAUCGUGAGAAGUGCAAAGCUGAGUGGGCGAAGUUGCUCAAGAGGAUAUGGGCGCUUGGUCCAAGAGAGAAAGGUCCAAACAUACUAUUUGCUCCAGAUGGUAAAAGAAUCUGCGAGGAUGGAUCCAUUCUCGUGCGAGGCUCUCCUCAUGUCUCUCAGAGACUUGGCUUCACAGAAGAUUCUACUGAGACACCACCUGACUCAGCAUUGUACAGUGAAGCUCUUACUCUCGAAAGCAGCAUAGUCUCGGGGUUUCAGCUAGCUACAGCAUCAGGACCUCUAUGUGAUGAACCAAUGUGGGGAUUAGCUUUCACCAUUGAGUCUCAUCUCGCAGAAGAUUCAGAAACAGAGAAACAACCUGAAAACUUUGGAAUAUUCACAGGACAAGUCAUGACAGCUGUCAAAGACGCAUGUAGAGCCGCCGUGCUUCAGACAAAUCCACGGAUCGUGGAAGCUAUGUACUUCUGCGAGCUAAACACAGCACCGGAGUAUCUUGGUCCCAUGUACGCCGUUCUGAGCAGAAGACGAGCUAGAGUUCUCAAGGAAGAAAUGCAAGAAGGGUCGUCUCUGUUUACAGUCCAUGCCUACGUGCCCGUUUCUGAAAGUUUCGGUUUUGCAGAAGAGCUGAGAAAAGGAACGUCAGGUGGUGCGAGUGCGCUGAUGGUUCUGAGCCAUUGGGAAAUGCUCGAGGAAGAUCCCUUCUUUGUUCCCAAAACUGAAGAAGAGAUUGAAGAGUUUGGUGAUGGAGCAAGCGUGCUUCCCAACACGGCGAGGAAGCUCAUCAACGCCGUGAGACGCAGGAAAGGGUUACACGUUGAGGAGAAAGUGGUCCAACACGCCACUAAACAGAGAACCUUGGCUCGGAAAGUUUGAGUUUUUUUAACUGUUUUUGUUUGUUUGAAAUGGGCUUCGGUUUUGUCUUUUUGGUACUUGUGCUCCCUUCGGUACAUGUUGGAGAAAUUAUAAGUGAGGAAACAUGAUAUAAUCUAUAUUAUUAAAAGAGAGAAGUAUCUAUUUGAAAAUGUUUUUACUUUA